AGAAGGGGCAAAACUGCUUCGUUAUAGAUUGAAGUUGAGUUUUGACCCUUGACACAAGCAAGAGUCGGAAAUUGAUUAUUAGCAUUAAUUUAAUGAGAAAGAGGGCUUGUCAGGGUGUUUGCAAAUUACUUCCUGUGCCCUCCCUUGUUAUUCUCAACAUUGAAUUUUUUGAAAAGCACUUAUUUAGCCGAAUGAGGUAGAAUUAAGGCCGGAGUAACCUUCGGCUAGGGCUCCAGGGCUGCUUUAGGUUCCCGUGAGGCUGGCUCUGGAACCAUCUGGGCUGACGGUACCAGGAAAUGAAGGUUCUGAAGAUGUUGGUGUUGAGGAGAGCAGGCGGUUUCUGCCCAGGGAGAUGCAGGGAUUUGGCGAGACCAUGUCGAGUUAGAGACAUCAGCACCACGGCUUCCAGAAACACUGUUAUGCCAGCUUGGGUGAUCGAUAAAUACGGGGCCAAUGAAGUGCUCCGAUUCACAAAGAAUAUGAUAUUUCCUAUCAUACACUAUCCAAAUGAAGUCAUUAUUAAGGUCCAUGCUGCCAGUAUAAACCCCAUAGAUGUUAACAUGAGAAAUGGGUAUGGAGCCAGAGCUUUAAAUAUGAGACGUGAUCCACUGAUUUUGAAAGACAUUGGGCAAGAAUUUCCUUUGACCCUGGGCCGGGAUGUCUCUGGCGUAGUGAUGGAAUGUGGGCUUUCUGUCACCUAUUUCAAACCCGGAGAUCAGGUGUGGGCAGCAAUUCCUCCAUGGAAACAGGGCACUCUAUCAGAGUUUGUUGUAGCCAGUGCAAAUGAGAUAUCUCAUAAGCCCAAGUCUCUCUCUCACACUGAAGCUGCUUCCUUGCCCUAUGUUGCUCUCACGGCCUGGUCUGCUCUAAGCAAGGUUGGUGGACUGAAUGACAAGAACUGUAAAGGAAAACGGAUUUUAAUUUUGGGGGCUUCGGGUGGAAUUGGCACCUUUGCUACACAGUUACUGAAAGCAUGGGGUGCCCACGUGACAGCAGUUUGUUCUGGGGAUGCUAGUGCCCUGGUAAAGAAGCUUGGAGCAGAUGAUAUAAUUGAUUACAGAUCUGGAAAUGUGGAAGAACAAUUGAAAUCCUUGAAACUGUUUGACUUUGUCCUAGAUAAUGUUGGUGGAGGCACUGAAGAUUGGGCUCCAAAAUAUCUCAAGAAAUGGUCGGGCGCAACCUAUGUGACACUGGUCACUCCUUUUCUACUGAAUAUAGACCAGCUAGGAGUAGCGGAUGGCAUGGUACAAACUGGAUUCACCAUAGGCUCAAAGUCACUAAAGCAUCUUUGUCAAGGAGUCCAUUAUCGAUGGGCUUUUUUCAUGGCCAGUGGUGUCUAUUUGGAUGAUAUUGCAGAACUGGUAGAAGCAGGAAAGGUGCAACCAGUUAUUGAACAAACCUUCCCUUUUUCGCAAGUUCCCCAAGCCUUCCUGAAAACAGAAGGUGGACAUGCCCGAGGAAAGACAGUGGUGAAUGUAGUUUAAGAGAAAAUACAAAACACAGAAUGUUA